AUGACUUCUUACUAUGCCGGACUCUCACUUCGGGAGAUUUACGAGAGAAAAUGUUUGGAACUUCACUGUAGAAAGAAUUCUGCGAUCUGUUCUAUUCUCUGUGAUGUGCCGGAUGAGUUUCAUAGUCUGAAAUCUAUUGAUAUCUCAAAGAACUUUCUAGGCCCAAAGGGUAUACUUCCCCUGUUGGAGAUUAUACGCUGUUGUCGAAAUAUUCGCAUGCUCAAUCUCAGUGAACAGAAAUUAGACACAGAUGCGAUUGACGCGUUGUGUCUCGCUUUACGGCAACAUCCUUCAGUUGUGCGCAUUAAUCUUUCUCAUAAUCCUUUAACAAUGUCUGCGGGAUCAUUACUUCUUCAACUAGCCAAAACUAAUCCUGUGAUUGAAUAUAUUAUACUGGAAGAUACGGGUAUACGAACCUCACUCUUAAUUGGUAUUGAAGGUCAAUUGGAAUUAAAUAGAUUGCUUAAGGAUAAGGCAGCUGAGAUGGAUUUGGAAUAUGGUGGUUUAUCAGAAGAGACAAAAAACACAAAUAUCAAAGGAGGUGGUGGUAUACAUGAGGUUUCUAAAAUAAUGAAUAAUGUAUUAUCUAGUGAAAUGCCAUCCAAAAUAAAAGGAAUACCAACAGAUCCCAUAUUAAGUACAAUCAUGUCCAUAUCAGGAGGAGCAUCUGUAUCCGUAUCAGCAACAUCACAUGGUGUUCAUGUAAAUCGUAAACGUCUUAAAUCACAAGAUGUAGAAGCUGCUUUAUUAUGUUUUUCACAUAAUAUUCAUGAAAUUUUAUUUGAUGAAAACCCUAUUCCUACUAUAGCACAAUUAUGUGAACAACAAAAUGGUUGGUUUUAUGAUACGCAGUUUGCUCCAGAUGAUGUAAGUAUACAUCGUCGUGCUACUGUACAGUAUGAAAUUACGGGUUGGCGUCGUGUGAGAGAUAUUUGUCCAUCGGCAAAAUUAUUUCCUGAUGAUGAUGAUGAAGAUUGUUUAAUGUUACCACAUAAAGUGCCUCAAUUAUUUCAAUGGAUAUUUACCUGUGUAGAAGCCGUAUUUACAGAUGUAGAGACUCUUCACAAUAGUAUACUUUGUUCAUCUUCUCCUGAUUAUGGUAUAUAUGCUCUUAGAGUACAUAUUGAUGGAGCUUGGCGAUAUGUUAUUGUAGAUGACUUUCUACCUGUAAAUAAUAAAGAUAUGUUUAUAUUUACUCAUCCAAUAGAAGGAAAAUAUUUCUGGCCUUGUAUUUUAGAAAAAGCUCUUGCAAAAAUGCAUGGAGGUUAUCCUGCUCUUGAGUUUUCUGUUGGAGAUAAUUAUCGGGUACAUAGAUUAACUCAAAGGAUGGACAGAAGGAGUAGGAUUGGAACAUUAUUUAGAAAACAAACUUUUCUAUUAAAUGAUCGAGUAAGUAUUAUUAAUACUGCAAGAAAAACAAGUUGUGCUAAACUUUUAACUGAUUUAACUGGUGGAGUAGGUAUUAUUCGUUUUUUAAAUCAUGAAAGUUUUUCUGCAGAUGAUUGGUGGAUAUCUAUGCUUGAAUUUUACAGUACAGGAUCUUUAAUGGUGGCGUUAAGUGGAUCAUCUAAUAAAACACAUCCUGUGAUUGAAUCUUCUCAGGUUUAUCGUAUUCUUCAAGUUCAUCAGGUACAAGAUAUGCGACUUCUUGAAGUUUCAAGUGUUUGGAAAAGUAAAGAAUGGAAAAGUGAUUGGAGUGAUGAAAUAUCCCAUUGGAGUAAAAAUUUGGAUUUUGAUACUACACUUCGUAAUAAUAAAACACGUAGAAGUAAAAAUCAACAAUCCUGUUGGUUAUCCUAUAUAGAUUUUAUUUCUCUUUUUACACAAGUUCAUGUUUGUCGUCUCUUUAAUGGAUUUCAUGAACGUAUUAUAGAAGGUGAAUGGGAUCGAGAUAGUGCUGGAGGUUCUUGCUUUGGAUAUCGUUGGCAUAUCAAUCCACAUUAUCGUCUUAAAUUUACUCAUGAUUCAUCUCUUUUUAUUAAUCUUGCAGUUCCUGAUACUCGCUUUAAUCCAACAGAUAUUGAAUCACUUGGUCUUCAUAUCGUUGAAAAGAAACGUUAUCCGCUUCGUUAUGCACAAGAAACGGAACAAGUUAUAGCAUCUACAAAAUAUGUUUAUACAGAUUCUAUUUCAUUUGAAGGUAAUUUACAGGCAGGAGAUAAUUAUUGGGUGGUUCCAAGUUCACAUAUGGGAGGUGUAUUUGGUAAAUUUCUUAUACGUUUAUUCUCUACUUCAAGUUUUCUUGUAUGGAAAGAAAAUCUUUCAUUCCAUUGGAAUACAAUAGAAUUUAAAGAAACCGUGGAAUGUAGUGGAGAAUAUCGUGCUGGAGAUGAUAACGCACAAGUUGCCCUUAGAUUUCCUUAUUCUGAUAUUAAUGGAGGUCGUAAUUCUGAAGGUGAAGCUAUAUUUGUAAAAGUUCAUACAGUAGAUGCAACAGAUACGGUUCUAGGUAUUUUCCUUGUAAAGUCUACUAUGAUAAAAGAUAGACCUUCAAGAUAUGUAGGAGCUUUGCGUGAUGAAUCUAUUUUGGCAUCUAGUAAUUUAACUAUGGGUGAUUGUGUAUAUCUAGAAGCAACUGUUACUCCUGGUGAAGUUUAUACACUUAUAGUUUGCGUAAACCCUGAAGGUUCACGAGCUAAACUUGAAUACACUAUAUGGAGUUCCCUUCAAACUCCAGAGAUUAUACCUUUACCUGUUUGGGAAAAGAAAAUUGUUUCCAUUUCAUGGCCAGAAGGAAGUGGUUCUUACUAUGAAGCUACACGAAAUCCACAAGUUGAGAUGUUUCCAGUUAAUACUCAUGAUACUAUUGUUAUACGUAUGCAAAUAACAGAAUGUAGUUAUAAUGCUCCUGCAAUUGUAUUUUUUGUAUUGGCUAAUGAUGGUCGUCAAGGUGAGGGUAUUAAAGGGCAAAUACCAGCUGAUAGAGUUAUCAUUCGUUCACAAUAUGUUCGACAUCAUGCGGUUCAAUGUGAACUUCGGUUAAAGAACCCAAUGGAUUCGUUACUUAUUAUACCUUCUCUUCAACCUGCUGGUUCUAUUGGAAGUGGUACGAUUAGUGUUUCUACAGAAAGUGGCGACUUCACAGUUCGUCUUCUUUCAACAAGUUAA